AAGAAGAAGAAGAACUGUCUGACUUGACAUCAGUUCAUCUCCAACGAGCCUGUUAAUGAUGCUGUUGUAGGAACAACAACAAACAACAGCACGGUGAUAUCAGACCGUGCGAGCAGCGAUGGUGCGGGUGAAGUCCAGGUAUUUACUGUGUGAAGUCAACGUGUCGGACCGGAGCCGCCUGCUGUUGCUGGAUGACCGAGCUGUCGCAGCCGCAGUGAAGGCGGCGGUGGCCCGCAUACACGGAGACUACGGGGCGGCUCUCUUGAGCAUCAGAUUCUCCGUGAAAUAUCUGAACGCUCAUACUGGAAUAGUAUUCCUGCGUUUCCCCAAAAGCUCUUACAAACUCCUCUGGUCUGCAUUGCCUUUCAUUACCUGUAUAGAAACUCGUGGGCAGGAAAUCCCAUGUUUUCUGAACUGUUUGCACGUGGGAGGAACAAUUAGAACAUGUCAAAAGUUUCUGAUCCGAUACAAUACCCAGCAGCUCCAAAGAAUGCUCCCUAAAUGUAAAGAUGAAGAAGAAAAACAACAGGUUCAGAAAUCAAUUCUGAACUGCUAUCUAACAGGAGGAAACAAGGAAGCAUUUGAAGAUGAAUUGGAGAGUGAGGACGAUGAAGAAGAGUAACUUCACAGCAUACAGUAAAAGGCAGCAGACUAUUUUUGUUACUGGACUGGUAGAAAGGAAGAUGAAGCAUUUGAAGAAAUGCAUACCCAACUCUGUGGAAAUAUGGUUUACUGCAGCUGCUCAGCACAUUUGCUACUAAAGAAAACGGACUGACGUAUGAUGUAUGCCUGUCUUCAAUAGAGGGACACAUUACAUGAUGUUUGUCAAAUAAAUAAUUUGGGUUGGCAGAGUGGCCUGAUGGCCAGUAUUGAUAUCUUUUAACAGCAAGUUCACCUAAUGCUGUUACUGAAUCGAUAUCUCUUUGUUGUUUUGAAUAAGUGUAACCAAAAAUAAAACUGCUAUCACAUAGCACAACAUUAGACUAUGGCCUGAUUCUGAAAAAGAAAUGUUUCAAUGAAAUAUUUUGUAUUCAUACUAUGUUCUGUUCUCAUUUUGUUUACAAAUUAAAGCAUGUUUUUUGAAGA